AUGCCGUCGGUUCUGUCCCACAUGGGUAUCAUGCUCGGCACCCUACUCAUACUGUGGUCCGGCGUCACGGCCGCCUUCGGACUCUACCUCCAGUCGAAAUGUGCCCGAUAUCUCGACCGAGGCGUCUCGUCAUUCUUCGCCCUAUCCCAGAUCACAUACCCCAACGCCGCCGUCGUCUUUGACAUGGCCAUCGCCGUCAAGUGCUUCGGCGUCGGCGUCUCGUACAUGAUCAUCAUUGGCGACUUGAUGCCCGGCGUUGUCUUGGGCUUCAACAGCGGUGCUGACCAGGUCCCCUACCUUGUCGACCGCCACUUCUGGAUCACGGCCUUCAUGCUCCUCGUCAUCCCGCUGAGCUUCCUCAGGCGUCUCGACUCGCUCAAGUACACGAGUCUCAUAUCGCUCGUGUCCAUCGGAUAUCUUAUCGUCCUCGUCAUCUACCACUUUGCCCACGACCCGCACGCCGACCCGAGUCAGAUUCGUGUCAUCGAGUGGGCGAGUGCUGUCGAGACGCUGAGCGCUCUGCCUGUUGUCGUGUUUGCUUACACGUGCCACCAGAAUAUGUUCUCUAUCCUCAACGAGAUCCAGGACAACUCCCCUUCUAGUGUAGUGGGCGUCGUCGGAUCGAGCAUUGGUCUCGCUGCCGUCAUCUACAUUGUCGUCUCCAUCACGGGGUACAUGACUUUUGGCAACGCCGUCGUGGCCAACAUCAUUUCCAUGUACCCCACGGGCGUGGCCUCCACGAUCGGCAAGGCCGCCAUCGUCGUCCUCGUCCUCUUCUCCAUCCCCCUGCAGGUCCAUCCAUGUCGGGCCUCGCUGGACGCCGUGUCCAAGUGGCGUCCCACCUCUCGGAACGCGCCGGGUAACGGCGUUGCCGGCGGUCGCAACUCCCCCCUGCUCAGCGGCCCGGCGAUAUCCAGGGGUGGAGGUGCCGGCGGCGGCGGCGACCACCCGAGCGGUGUGGGCAUGUCGGACGUGCGCUUCGCCGUGCUGACGACCAUCAUCCUCACGCUGGCCUACAUGACGGCCCUGUCGGUAAGCAGCCUGGACCGCAUGCUCGCCUUUGUGGGCAGCACAGGCUCCACAUCCAUCAGCUUUAUCCUCCCCGGGCUGUUCUACUACAAGAUCAGCGACCCGGACAGCAUCCACCACCAGAGACUGGUGAAGGAGGACGACGACAUUGACGAUGCCAUCGCCGGCGGCGGUGCUGGCGACACGGACGACGAGGACCAGCCUGGCGUCCUGGCACAGAGCACAGGUAGCCUGAGGAGCGUGGGCUCCGACAUUGGCGGUGGUGGUGCGGCGCCGUGGCAGUGGCGGAGGAAAUGGCGAUGGGAUCUGGAGCACCUCGACCAGGGGCUCAUACGGAAACUGGCGCUUGCUCUGGCCAUCUACGGCAUGGUGGUCAUGUCCGUGUGUCUGAUCAUGAAUCUGUUCUUCACGACGGCACACUGA